AUGACAAGGGCAACCCCACCAGUGAGGAAAGUGGCUAUUAUUGGAGCGGGAGCAUGCGGCUUGGUUGCUGCAAAAUACCUUCUCGCCGAACAGUGCUUCGAGCAGAUAGAUAUCUUUGAGCAGAGAAACCGUGUUGGUGGUGUAUGGAACUUGACCCCGCCAGAAGAGAAAGGUCAGGCCAUUACUGCUAUUCCAUCAGAAGACCCAAAUACCCCAUUGGAAACACCAUUCUGGCACAAAGACUUGCAGUCUUCUAAAAAGGAAGCAGUAUUUCUUUCACCGUUGUAUAAUGGACUAGAGACAAAUAUACCACAUGGGCUCAUGCAAUUCUCUGACUUAUCAUUUCCCGACCAAACUCGAUUGUUUCCACAAUUCGAAACGGUUCUUGAGUAUUUAAAAGAAUACAGUCAGGACAUCGAACAUCUUAUUCAAUUUCAAGUGCAGGUCGUGGAUAUUAAACCCGCGAAUAAGACCCUGGGGACCUGGGCAGUUACCCGGAAAGAUCUAGUCAGUGGGGUACUGCAAACCGGCAUAUAUGAUGCAGUUGUGAUUGCAAAUGGGCACUAUAAUGUGCCAUAUCUGCCGUCAAUCACUGGAAUAUCAGCAUGGAAGGAAGCAUACCCUCAAGGAAUAAUGCAUUCCAAGCUAUACUUCGAUUCUGCUCCGUAUAAGGACAAGAAGGUUGUUAUUGUUGGGAAUUCCGCUUCUGGACUAGAUAUCGGGGCGCAGAUUAACAGAGUCUGCCAACAGCCUCUUAUUUCGUCGGUCAAAUCGGAGUCCUAUUUCUUAUCAGGCGUAGCGUCAGACCGAAAUGAGUACCCGCCCAUUGCCGAGUUCUUGGCCCCGGAGACUCAUAAUCGUGCAAUCCGGUUCACCAAUGGUGAAGUUGUAGAGGAUGUCGACGUUGUACUUUUCUGUACAGGAUAUCUCUAUUCGUUCCCCUUUCUCUCAGGCCUUGACACGCCCGUGGUUUCUGAUGGCGGUAGGACGCUACAUGUGUAUCAACACCUAUUCUACAUUGAGCAGCCCACACUUGUGUUUCCAGGACUACACCAGAAGGUCAUCCCUUUCAUACAAGCGGAGAAUCAAUGCGCCGCGUUUGCUCGAGUAUGGUCCGGGAGGCUUAACCUACCUUCGAAAAGGGAGAUGUACGAAUGGGAGAACUCCAAUGUUGAAGCUCGAGGCUCUGGGAAAACGUUUCACGCCCUAGCCUAUCCACUUGACGCAGACUACCUUAAUGAAAUGCAUGAUUGGGUGGCGAGCGCGAAACCAAGGCCUGGGCUGGCGAAUGGUGGGCAUGGGAAAUGGGGACUAAGAUGGGGUGAAAAGGAGAGGUGGAUAAGAUCCAAGUUCACCUCGAUAAAGCGAGAAUAUGCUGCGCUUGGAGAAAAGAGAACAGCGUGUCUGACAAUCGAAGAUCUUGGUUUCGAUUUUGAAGCAUCGCAAGCAUCGCAGGAAAAUUAA